UCAGAAACAAGCUAUGGCGCGUUCAUGGCUAGCUCUUGUUAACACCUUGUGUUUGGUCCUCCAUGUCCAGCCAUGUACUUGUGGCGAGGCUGAGAUCAUCGGAGGGAAGAAGGUGAAGGCCCAUUCUCUGCCCCACAUGGCUCUCCUGUAUACCAGCAAAGGAAAUCCUGUCUGCGGAGGUACCCUCCUCUCUCCCACAUGGGUGCUGACCGCGGCCCACUGUGUUGACAUAACCAUGGUGCGCCUUGGGGUGAACUCUAUUAAGAGGAGCCAGAAGGAUAAAUCUGUUCAGGUCCAGAAGGUUUUAAUGCAUUACCCCCAUCCCAAUUAUGACUCGAAAAAGGAUGUCCAUGAUCUCCAGCUACUUAAGCUCCACAGGGCUAAGGAGUCCAAGAACGUGCAAUAUUUGCCAUUGGCCAACGUAAUCCCAGACCCCAAGGAAGGUACCAAAUGUGUGGUGGCUGGUUGGGGGGCCGUCGAAAUUCAGAACCCAGAAACGUCGGAUGUCCUGAGGUCUGCCGACGUCGCUGUUUUCGAAAGAAAGACGUGCAACUCGCCCAAGUAUUACAAUUCCAAGAUCACUCGUGACAUGGUAUGUGCUGGAACAAAAGGAAAGAAAACACAGGAUACCUGGACGGGAGACUCUGGAGGACCUCUGAUGUGCAAAGGUGUGCAAGUAGGAAUCACUUCCUUUGGCAUAGCCAACAAACCAGGAGUGUAUACCUUCCUUUCCAAAGAACACAUUGCCUGGAUAAAGAAUACAAUGCGGAAAUCUGAGUUCUUCUGAUACAUCUGCAACUCAAUGAUGUAAAAUUUAACCUCAUUUAAAUGUUUUAUUUGGGAUAAUGAUGAGAUUUGGGUGACAUGUGUGCUACACUCAAUAGUUUUUGAUGUUUAUUAAAACCAAAUAAGUGCC